CAAUUAUCUUAAGGAUGCUGGUUGAGCUCCUACUUCGCUCUCCAUAUAAAUGCACAAGCAAGGAACCAUUCGAGAAGCCAAAAACAUUUUUCUCCUCCUUCGUCAACCUAAUCACAUCAGGAGGGAUCGAGAAAGCCAGGGAAGAUUAUCAAAAACCAUGAAGUUCCUUUUAUUGAGACUAACGUCUUGUUGCUUUUAUCCUACCUUGUUUCUCUUUCUCACUGUUGUAUGCAGCGUUAAAUCUUCGGUGAAGCUACCACCUAAUGUUACUGUUCCAGCACUUCUGCUAUUUGGGGAUUCCAUAGUUGAUGCAGGCAACAACAACAAUAUUCGAACACUUGUCAAAUGCAACUUCCCUCCUUACGGCAAGGAUUUUGAAGGAGGAGUUCCUACAGGAAGGUUUUGUAAUGGAAAAGUUCCUUCGGACAUCAUAGCUAAAGAACUGGGGAUUAAGGACACACUGCCAGCAUAUUUGGACCCAACAGUUCUACCCCAAGAUCUGGUAACAGGAGUAACCUUUGCUUCAGGUGGCUCAGGAUUUGAUCCCUUGACACCCAAAGUAGUGUCAGUUAUAUCGUUGUCGGAUCAAUUAAAAUAUUUGAAAGAAUACAUAGGGAAGCUGGAGGCGAUGAUCGGAGAGGAAAAAACAAAGUUCAUCUUAAAGAAUAGUCUAUUUUUUGUAGUAGCAGGCAGUGAUGACAUUGCCAAUACCUAUUUUACAAUACGUGCUAGGAAAUCGCAAUACGAUGUUCCGGCUUACACUGAUCUAAUGGCGAACUCAGCUUAUAGUUUCGCGCAGGAAUUAUAUGAACUCGGAGCAAGAAGGAUAGGAUUUUUCAGUGCACCACCAGUUGGAUGUGUUCCUGCCCAGAGAACUUUAGCUGGGGGAGCUGGAAGAAAGUGCGCAGAAAACUUAAACGAAGCAGCAAAGUUAUUCAACUCCAAGCUGUCUAAGAAGUUGGAUUCUCUUGGAAGCAGCCUGCCUAAUGGCAGGUUUGUCUAUAUUGAUGUCUACAAUCUACUGCUAGAUAUCAUUCAAAACCCUAACAAACAUGGUUUCCAAGUUGCUGAUAAAGGAUGUUGUGGUACUGGGGAUAUCGAGGUAUCUGUAUUAUGUAAUCAACAUACUCAUGUGAUGUGUGCAAAUGUUUCCGAUCAUAUAUUUUGGGACAGCUACCAUCCAACUGAAGCUGCUUAUAAGGCACUCGUUUCUCCUCUCUUCAGAGAAUAUAUGAACAAAUUCUUUUGAGGUAUCUCAAGCUGCUAUAUGUCGUCGUGUUUUCAUAUACCGGAGAAAAAAAGCUUUGUUUCUUAGGAAUAAUGGUUGAAUUGGGACUAGGGAAGUCCCAUGUUCAGACUCCUGAAGAAUUCCAACCUCUGCGAGCCACUAGCCACUAGCCACUAGCCACUAGUUGAGCGCAAGCCCUGAUUCCCUGCCCUCGAUUAUCAAAACAAAGUGUAUAUGUAAUUGUUCCUGUCGUAAUUGUUCAUACAGGGGAAUGAGGAUGCUGAAAAUAAGUAUCUUCUAUAAUUUUAUAUGAGCUCAUAAAUCUAUCAGAAUUUUACUA